UCCAUUUCUCACUCUGCCUGAAAUAAUCUUAGCUAACCUUUUUUGUACAAUUUCUAUUCACUCUCAUACACAUCACAGCUGCCGUUGCCAUGUCCGGUGUUUGGGUAUUUGACAAAAACGGCGUCGCUCGUCUCAUAAGCAACCCGACAAAAGAAUCCUUCGAGCAAAAAGAGCCACCCCAUCCCGGAACAGCCACCGCUCCCGGCGCUCGUCCCCGGCUCUUGGUCUACCUCCCGGAGAACCACGUAAUCCGGUCCUACGCCGAGCUCGAACAUCGACUCCUACAACUCGGCUGGACUCGCUACCAAAACUCCAACCGCCCUGACCUCCUUCAGUUCCACCGCUCCGACUCAUCUCCACACCUAAUAUCGCUGCCUAUAGACUUUGCCAACUUCAAGCUGCUCCACAUGUAUGAUAUCGUCGUCAAGAACCGGUCUUUCUUUGAAGUUCGAGAUCCAUCAUAACUUUACGUGUGUAUACAUAUUAAAUUAAACA